UCUUCAUCUUACAGGCCGUCUUAAGAAACCUUAGGCACUUUGGUAAGGACUUCUGCUCCUCUUUCAGUUGGACCUGUCGCUCUGUUGCUAUGAAACACUCAAGAAGGUCAUUAGUGAAUGAAUGAAGGUGCAUGGGUGCUGUGUAUUAAUAUAUUAAGUAUGCAAUGCUGUGAGUGCAUCAUAAGGAAUGUCUUUGUCAGUAUGUUUAUUUGCACAUGGCCAAAUAUAUAAAACCCCUGCGUUGUGCUUGGACUUCAGUGAACGAUUGUAAGAUGUCCUACUUCACUCUUGUCUUUUUAGCCCUCGGCACCCUGAGCAGCUUCAUGCUGAGGGAGGUGACGGCUCUCAGGUGGCCACUUCCUGAUGACAGUGAUCCUGAUAGAUUUACAUGGGGACAGUUUCUUGAGAAUGCUCAAGAGAUUCCCCGGAGUCUGGAGAUAGAAGACUUCACUCUUAAUGUAGCUCCAACCAGCGGCCGUGUGAGCUCUCCCACCAUCCUGCGACUUCACCCCAAAAUAACCAAACCAACACACCUGCAUGCCAACCUCCCCCUUCGCUUCGGGCGGGAUACAGAGAAUACCCCAAGGGAACGCGCUAAAUCCAAUAUCAACCUCCCUCAGCGCUUCGGCCGGUCCUGCACAAUGUGUGCGCGCUCAGGGACUGGACUCUCAGCCACCCUACCGCAAAGGUUUGGGAGGAGGAACAUAUUUCCUUUAGACCCUUUCCGUGCAUUGACUCUCUACAAACGCACACCUGAAUCACCAUUUCCAAAAGAAAGGACUCAAGUCCAUGACUACAUGCUUGAAACAGUAGAAGACUCUGUAGAAGAAACUGUAAAGAACAAAGACUACACAGUUUUAGACUAACGAAGCCCACAAACAACAGCUGUUUAUGAGAGAUGAUUUGUUCACCAGUUUUAUGAAUUUCCUAUUCUCUUCAUGCAUUUGCAUCUGUACUUGCCUGCUUGUAAACUGUCAGAGUAAAUUAUGUGACACUUGUGACAUUGUGUUAUUAUUUAUAUAUGUUUCACAAGAGGUUUCUCCAGUCAUUCUCCUGCAAAUGCACUCCGCAUACAAUGCUUAAUGAGGUCGAGGUGUUAUAAAAACAUUCUUUAAU